CCGAGGGACGAAAUAAUCGCGACUUACACGAGUAUGAGAGCUCAAUGGAUCGACAUUCGCAUGAAUAAUACGUAUUUGUUCAUGGUGCCGUGAUGGCUCAGAGAAAAUUACCGGAAUUAGCGAUAACUUACGUUAAAUACGGAACAACUCUGCUCUGCUCCUGGCCGUUGGGUCCUCAAGCCUCGAGCCUGGAAAGAAAAUUCAAUGGAGUUAAGUGGCUGUUUCUGUGCUCUAUAUUGGUUUCCUUUCAACUUCCAAUAUUGUACACCGCUUAUUUGACACGAAAUGACUUUAUGGAAGUUACGAAAUACAUUUGCUUCGCGGGAUCCAUCUCCCAUGGGAUCAUUAAGAUGAUUGUGUGCAGAUGCUAUCAGAGAGAAUAUCAGGAAUUAAUUGCAGUAAUGGAGAACUACUUCGCACGUGCGAUUCCCCGCGAAAGAGAAGUGUUAAAUGCCUGCGUGAGGAAAGCGGCGCCUGUUCACGUCGUGGUGAACGUGAUUGGGUUCAUAGCAGCGGUCUCCUACGUCUGUGGACCCCUAGUCCUGGACCAAGAUUUACCAACGGAAGCGGUUUAUCCAUUCGCGAUAGAUUAUUACCCGAUUUUUCAAAUAGUUUAUACCAUACAGUCAAUUGUAGCGUUCCAAUGCUGCGCGGUUGGACCACUCGAUGGCCAAGUAUGCAUGCUCUUUUGGUUCACUAUUGCUCGACUCAAACUCCUGGCGGACGAUAUGAGGAACGUUGCGAGUGUCGACGACCUCAACGCUUGCAUUCGUGUACAUCAAAGUAUAUUGAGAUUCAACGAAAAAACCAUUAAUGUUGCCCGCCCGAUAGUCACGACGACAGUUGCAAUGGCUACUGUAUCCCUCGCUUUCGGUGCGAUCCAUCUCAUUGGGAAUGAGCCACUGGAGGUGAAAGCGCAGUUCGUCGGCCUCGACGUGGGCUACGGCCUUGAGCUCUACUUGAGCGCUUGGGCAGCGGAGAACUUCAUGAAAGCGAUGGACGAUGUCAAAUGGGCUCUGUACGACUCUCCUUGGUUACAGAGAUCUCAGAGAACGAACCGGUCAGUUGUCAUUGUCCUGCAGAGAUUGAAUAAAAUACCAAAAGUUACUGUUGGAGGACUCAUCCCGGAGUUGUCACUGAAUUAUUACGCCGUGUAUUUAUCGAAGACCAUGUCGUUCUUCACUACGCUUCGUGUGAUGCUUCAAAAAAUGGAAGACCCGCUUUAGAAAAGUG